AUGGAUACCACUACUACUGCAACUACAACUACAACAAACACACCAUCACAAGAUAUCGAUACAAAGAUGGGUGAUAAUGUUCAACAACAAGUCGAACAAGUCGAACAAGUGACACCAGCGUCAGCUGUUACUACUACAAAUAGUAAAAAAGAACAAGAAGAUAUUACAGCUACAAUGACAGAAGUUGAAAAGAGAAACUUUAUGUGGAAGUUGGAAUCAUUGUAUUCGAGAUACCGACCAUCAAUCAAUCCUUUGAUAUUGUCUGAUUUACAAUCGAUUGGUCUAUGUGAAAGAUGUUGUCUAAGAUACUGCGAUAUUAGAGAUUUAUCGCUAUAUCAAGAACCAACUAUUGUCAUUCAUAAUCUACUCUAUAACAUUGAAAAGGGUCAUGCUUUUGAUAUUGAACAACAACAACAACAAAAACAACAAAAGGAACAAGAAGAAAAGUUGGCAUCAACCACGACUUCUGCUGAAACUGAUGCUUCGACUACAACUACCACCACUGUCACUGAUACAACUACAACUACAACUACUCCAACACCAGUAGUAGUAUUACCAAAAUAUCAAUGUCAAACUGAACCAUGUGGAACAAAGAUAUGUUCAACAUGUUUAGGAAUGCUUCAAAAUUUAAUGGAUCCAACAUUUCAAAAAGAUAUAUUGGAUAAUAUUGCCAAAUGUCCAUACGAAUUCCAUGACUAUUCACUACAACUUACACUCCCCAUAUCUGUUACGAUUAGAGAGUAUUCUGUUUGGUAUUACUUGAAACAACGUUAUAAUGACAAGUCUUACAACUCUUAUACUACCGGACCUGCACCAUUGGCAUCGGUUUUACUUAAAGAUUAUCUUCCAAAAUUAUUCUCCAAGGUCGAUAUCAAAGAAGCUAUCAAAUGGAUUCUUGGUCCAUUAAUUGUUAAAAGAUUUAAUUUUAAAUUUCAACCAAAUACCAUCGAAAAAAGACAAAAACAAAGAUACAAUAAUAAUAAUAACAAGUACAACAAAAAUAAGAAGAGUGCUGCCGAAGAUUCACAACAACAGGUACAAGAUAUCUUGGAUGAAAUAUCAAUGAAGGAUUAUUGUUCGAGUGGUGAAGUACCACCAAACACACCGAAAACAUUCUACCAAUACAAUAUUAGUUAUGCUCAAGCUUCCGUUUACAUUAGUGGAAGAUACAACAAAUACUCUAGAUCACUCAGUCAAACAAACAUGUUACCAAUUGAAUACAAAAAACAAUUGGAACAAAAUCCAACUACUACAGUUACCAAUGAUAAAAUGGAUGAACCACUCAUUACAAUCAAUAAUGACGAUAGACAAAGAUUAACUGGUAGUGUUGAUGAAUUAUUUAAUAAGAAAAUUAUGGAAAUGUUUGCAUGUGAUUCAACCAAUUUAGUUGGUAGUGGUAGAGAGGAUAUUGAUGUAAGAAUGCUUGGUCAAGGUAGACCAUUCUUUAUUGAACUUAUCAAUGCUCGUAAAAUCAAGUAUACUCCAAAGGAUUUCUUAGAUUUACAAAAUGCAAUCAAUAAUGAACAUUCUGAAAUUAGAUUAACUGAUUUACAAUUUAUUACAAAAAAACAAACAACAUUAUUAAAUGAAGGUGGAACUACAAAGAAAAAGAUUUAUAGAUGUGUUGUUUGGACUGACAAGGAACUUGGUGAAGAAGAUUUAAAGGUAUUGUCAACUCUAAAGGAUAUAGAGUUGAAGCAAAAUACACCAGUUCGUGUUAUGCAUCGUAGAACAUUGAUGGAACGUAAAAAGAUGAUUGACAAACUCGAAUAUGAAUACGUUUGUCCACAUAUCUUUACUUUGGAUGUUUGGGCUCAAGCAGGUACCUAUAUCAAGGAGUUUGUUCAUGGUGAUCUUGGUAGAACUACACCAAACGUUGGUUCUAUUCUAAAUUGUGAAGCUGAUAUUUUACAAUUGGAUGUAUUAAAUGUUGAAUUGGAUUUCCCACCAAAAAUUAAUGAAACUAAUCAAUAA